AGAGAAACAUUUUUCUUUUGUUGAGUCUCAUCAAUGGUAGGACCAAUUCGUCCACAAUUUGUGCUUUUUGGCUCAUCCAUAGUACAAUUCAGCUUUAGUCAUCAAGGAUGGGGUGCAAUACUCACUGACCUUUAUGCUUGCAAGGCAGAUAUACUGCUGCGUGGAUAUGCAGGUUGGAAUUCAAGGUGCGCACUUCAAGUCUUGGAUGAAGUGUUCCCCAAGGAUGCAGCUGUACAGCCUUCUCUGGUCAUAGUUUAUUUUGGAGGGAACGAUUCAAUGGAACCUCACCCAAGUGGCCUCGGUGCUCAUGUUCCUCUUCCUGAAUAUGUAGAGAACAUGAGGAAGAUUGCAAUUCAUCUGAAGAGCCUCUCUCAGAAGACUCGGAUAAUCUUUCUCACUGCUCCUCCCGUGAAUGAGGCACAAAUGGCUGAAGUAUUUGGUAAUGAUCUUGGUCGAUCAAAUGAAUCCUGUCGGAAAUAUUCAGACGCUUGUGUACAGUUGUGCCAAGAGUUAGGUGUGAAGGUUAUAGAUCUUUGGAAAGCACUUCAACAGAGGGAUGAUUGGUUGACUGCUUGCUUUACGGAUGGAAUACAUUUAUCAUGUGAAGGCAGCGAAAUUGUGAUCAAGGAAAUCUUGAAAGUUAUCAAAGAGGCGGACUGGGAACCUAACCUGCUUUGGAGAUCAUUACCUACUGAAUUCCCCGAAAUCUCUCCGUGUAUCUUUGUUGAUCCAGAGGGUUCGACGGUUAUAAAAGUUUCAGAGAUGGAUUUUGCAUGGCAGACUCAAUGGCAAUAGUUCAGACUCUGAUUAUUCAUUUGAACUUGUCUUCAUGAAUCAGUUGGUUUUCUUACCAUGUAUGUGAAUUCUUCCAAGAAAAUAUAAUGCAAGUCUUCCCUAUGAAAUCAACUUAUUA